AAGGCGGCGGCGGCGGCGGGGCUUUCGGCGCGGCCCGCCGGCCCCAGCUCGGCGCGCGUCUCCGGCUCUUCCCCCUGAUUCUCCCCCAAGUCCUGAAGUUGCAUCUUCGAGGCGACACGGCGGCUUCAGCCGACUUCUUUCCCUUCCUCUGCCUCCCCAUGGAUAUGCACUGCAAAGCAGACCCCUUCUCCGCGAUGCACCCAGGGCACGGGGGUGUCAACCAGCUCGGGGGGGUGUUUGUGAACGGCAGGCCCCUACCUGACGUGGUGAGGCAAAGGAUAGUGGAGCUGGCUCACCAGGGGGUGCGACCCUGCGACAUUUCCCGGCAGCUGCGGGUCAGCCACGGCUGCACCUCGCUUUGCCCUGGCAGGUACUACGAAACGGGAAGCAUCAAGCCCGGCGUGAUCGGAGGGUCCAAGCCGAAAGUGGCCACCCCCAAAGUAGUGGAUAAAAUCGCCGAAUACAAGAGGCAAAACCCGACGAUGUUUGCCUGGGAGAUUCGGGACCGGCUUCUGGCCGAAGGCAUCUGCGACAACGACACCGUCCCGAGCGUGUCCUCCAUCAACCGGAUCAUCAGAACCAAAGUGCAGCAGCCUUUCCACCCAACACCAGAUGGAAGUGGGACAGGAGUGAGUGCACCUGGACAUACUAUAGUUCCCAGUACAGCAUCCCCUCCUGUCUCCAGUGCCUCCAAUGAUCCAGUGGGCUCCUACUCCAUUAACGGGAUUCUGGGGAUUCCUCGGUCGAAUGGUGAGAAGAGGAAACGUGAUGAAGAGGUAUCCGAGGGCUCAGUCCCCAACGGCGAUUCCCAGAACAGUGUGGAUAGUUUGCGGAAGCACCUUCGUGCCGACACUUUCACACAACAGCAGCUGGAAGCUUUAGAUCGAGUCUUCGAGCGUCCUUCUUACCCCGAUGUCUUUCAGGCAUCAGAGCACAUCAAAUCUGAGCAGGGUAAUGAGUACUCCCUCCCAGCUCUGACCCCUGGCCUUGAUGAAGUCAAGUCAAGUCUAUCCACCUCUGCUAACCCAGACCUGGGGAACAACGUGUCAGGACCCCAGACAUACCCUGUAGUGACUGGUCGUGACAUGGCCAGCACUACCUUGCCUGGCUACCCACCCCAUGUUCCACCAACUGGACAGGGCAGCUACCCAACCUCAACUCUUGCAGGAAUGGUGCCUGGGAGUGAAUUCUCAGGAAAUCCUUACAGCCACCCUCAGUACACAACCUACAAUGAGGCCUGGAGGUUCAGCAACCCGGCAUUACUAAUGCCACAUCCCGGGGCUCCGCACCUCCCACUGCUGCCGCUGCCUAUGACCGCCACUAGUUACCAUGGAAACCACAUGAAACUGCAGGGUGACAGCCUAGGCCUCCAUAUUGUACCUGUCUGAUGAACAUUCUGCACCACUUGGAAGGAUGAAGAAAAUCUCUCCAUUUCCAUCAUCUACCCUUUUUACUCACCCUCAUCUUUAAGACUACAGAACGUACUGGAAUAUCAUGUAUUUGCUACCACCAGAUUGAAAACUUCAUGUCCUUUGUAAUUCAGCUAAGCGACUUCGUUAGAUGAUGGCAAAAGCAGGCCUGUGGCCAGUAAUCCUACUACUAUUGUUGCUAAUGGCAUGGCAAUACUUCAGACUGCCCCACAUGAAUUGUUCUUUGGUUCUGUGGCCUUCAAUUCUUUUCACCUGAGGCUUCCCGAACCUCUAACAGAGAGAGGAAUGUGAGCAAUAUGGCCUGUGCUGUCCUCUUCUGAUAGCGGUAUGGACUGGAACUAGAAAAGAACAAGGCUGCAUACAACUCAUUGUUCUCCAGUAAUGCUGUAUUGUUAAAAACACCUCCAAAUGAUGGACAACAAUUUUCAAAAGCUGGGGAGAACUGUCUGGUUCAGUGUGGUAGAGGAGGAAAGACCAUGGUCAUUCUCCCCGAGUUCCACAAGGGUUUCUUUUUGACCCAUUCUGUCCCUUGUCUCCAUAGGUUGGUUGAAGCAAUUAGGACUUCUUUCCUCACUGUUCCACAUGAAGAUUGACGGCAUCCAUCCAGUAUGUCAUAAUCUUGCAGGCUGAAGUUUGGCAGCGUAUCACAUAUAUAAUAUAGAGUCGAGUCAGACAGGAGGCUGGAAUGAUGUCAACCUACCCAAAUGGCAAAAUGAAGAACUAUAUAAAUAGAUAUAUAAAUAUAACUGUUUUUGAUGCUUUGUCCAGAACAUCUGUAAAAAGGAUAAAAAAAAUGAACAAAUCCACAGUUUUCUAAAAAGCAAGAAGUUAUGGUAAAACUAAACUGAAAUGUCACCCCAACCUGAAUGGCAGACAUGUUCCUCUGAAGAAUAAUUCUCCCCUUUCAUUCCAAGAUGUCCUUCGCUUCUUGUUAUGUACUGGAAUGUACAUGUGGGGCAGACAGGAGUGCCAGUGCAUUUUGUGGGAAGUAGUCCAUUCAAUAUACUGUGCAACUAUGAUAAGAAGUAGGAAGAAAAAACAAAAUUAUUACCCAAAAUUAUUGCACAUCUGCAACAGUUGUGUUCUCAUUGCAAAAGAGUUAUAACCUGUUGCAGAGGAGGAAAGGGCAUAUUUUGGCAGCUGGUACUGAACCAAAACCAUUUAUUGGUUCUCUUGCCUUCAGCUUCUGCCAUGCAUUUGACUAUAUAGGGAUUGGAUGAAGGUUUGGGGGUUCUCUUCUCUCAGUGGAGCUGCAGUAUUCUGAAAUAAGUAACACAAGGGGGCGGUGGGGGUGGGGAGAAAAGUUUACUUCCUGAACUUCAUGGUUGCUCAUACAUUUUAGCCAAGUCUUACCAACAGCCAGCAUAGCAAAUUCCUUGUUCUUGGGGCCAUUCAUUUCCUUGUUUUUGCAUGCAUAAAAACUGAGCAGAAUUUGGCUUCCUACAAUUUUCACCUGCUUUUUAAAAUAGCUAAUUACUUGUCCUUGUGGACGCAUAGAAGAAAACGUACCUGCAAUAUUCUGCAGAAGCUUUUUGUUUGAGAGGGAUGGAAUCUUUGUGCCCUCCGUUACUGGUUAUCCUAGGGUACACAUUUUUGGCCUCAAGGGCCACAACCAAUGUCCCCUGGGAGUCAUACAUGUGUGUACAUACUCUUGUGUGUGUCUGCAUACUCUUUACACACUUAUAAAACACAUGUACCCUCUCUCUGUCUCCUGCUCUGCACAUUCUUUGCAUAGAGUGGCAAAGCUUUAAACUUCUAUGUCCUACCCCUUGAUUUCUAGGGUUCUCUGGGAAUUGGUGGAUUCCACCUAGAUUGUCAGUAGAAUGGCUAAUUUUAUGCUGGAGCUGCUAGCAAAGGGAAAUACAGCAAUCUGAAGAAGUAGGAUUGAUGGGGUUUGGGUGAGGCUCUUCCAUCCCCACCCAUGUUCACAAAGAUCUUUGUUCCUGUUAAUUAUAUGUAGUGGGAAAACUGUCAUCUCGGAACCUAGGAGCAACUUCUCAGCAGCAGGAAAAAAGUCAAUGGGGCCCCUUCAGCUUUGGGGGCCCUACAGGGAGUGUUUGAGGAGCAAGGGCAGUGCGCCUCAGUUCUAAUCUUUGAUUAUGUUAUUCACUUCAGUUCUGUAACCAGCCUCUUCUCACAAUACUGUGAGAUACCCAAUUCUUAAAAUAUUGUAAUUAAUGCAAAUUCUCAAAUGCGAGGGUUAAAAUAAAUGAGGAGAGUGCAAAUUGAUGCAAAGCAGGCAUAUAUGCAUUAAUUUUGUUUGCUUGCUUUUUUUUCCUUUUUUAGUUCCAGUAUCCCUUCCAGUUAGAAUACUCCCAAAGCAGAGUUUAUAAGGAUGCUCAAGCCUCUGGGAGAAAGGAAUCUUGCCAAUUCUGUCUCCCCUUGCAGGCCCCAGAUGCAAUUCUUAUGCUGCUCUGGAGGGUCUCCCAACCUCGUGGAGCUGAUUUCCAUGCACAGGACAGUGGACUGCAGAGGCAGGAUAUAUAGGUGAAGAGUACCCUCUUCUUACCAGUAGAAAUGCAUUGCUGCAUCAGAAGCAUUCUGUGGACAAAAGGAGCUUUUCCGUCCACAUUAUUUUACAUCAGGAAUUUGGACCAGGGGAGGGAGAGUCUGUUUAAAUAAGAUAGCAGGAAAGAAUUGUCUCCACUGAAAAUAAGCAGAUGCUUCUUCUAGGUUAACAUCUCAAAAAUCAGAGGAGGAACAAGCAUUGAGGAAGACAAAAUAUCCUUGUUGCAUCAUUCCUGUGUAUAUGUUGACUGCUCCAUGAGCCAGAGUGUGAACGUACUUACAAGCAAGUAAAAUACAUUUUUACACCACCACCCCUUUGUUUCUUCUAAAAAUUGCCAAUAUUAUGUGGAAAUAAAUCAUUGCAUUUGGGUGGCAUCCUUUGGCUUUACAGGCCUCUUCCAUAGGAUUUUCAAAGCAUGUUAAUAGCCAGGAGUCCCAUGACACCUUUCCAUUUUUAUGCUUAAUGUGUUUACUGAGCACCUUUCUGUUGAUUCAGUGGUUAUUUGCUAGGAUUCAAUUAAUUGUUUGCUUGAGUCAAGGAAGCUCACAAGAACAACCUGGGUUCCAAUUCUGUGGGAGUUUGUAUAUUCACAUCUGCAUAUAUAUGCCAUUCUCAGCCCCAAAUUUUAAGGACAAAGUAGGGAUAUCCUUGUGUAAAUAUACCUGCUGUUUUAUCUCUUCCCAGGCAUGCUAUUGGGUGAUCAAAUACCAUUUGUGUCACCUUUUUAAUCUAAAAUCCAGUUUUCUUCAAAGUUCUAAGAAACAAAAGCACUCCUUAUGCAUAUACUUAAAACUGUUGAAGAAAACAGUAUUUUUAACUGCCCAUUGACUAGCCUUAAAUGUGAUUUACCCAAAUGUCUGGCAAGAAAAAUAGGUGGUUUAAGCACACUGGAAAUUGUUUAGAUUGUAACAUACUCUUGAAAUGCAGGAUACUUGAUUGCCCAGCACUGGCUAUCCCAGAAAACAGGGAAUAACGUAAUAUUGGCAUAUUUUAGUUGCUUAAAAUCCACUGAUCCAGAAAAACACAAAUAAAGGAAAGAACCACUGACAGAAGUCUGACCUUUCAUUCCUGAUCUUUCACUUAGACUAAUAAAAAAGAAGGGAAAUAGAUAUCACUCUAUCACUGUUCGUUUAACUUGAAUGCCCGCUAACAUACAUACAUACUAUUACAAAAAAAUUUAAUUGGUCUACAAUGUAAAGCAAGCAAGAAGUUCCACUCAGAACAUCCUAUGCAAAGGACCAGGUGGUGCCUUGGUCUUUUUCCUCAGCUGUUUGUAAGAGCCUCUGCAGAUGUAUGCAUUACAUUUGCCAAAGAAUGUAUUGUGUCGGCCCCUGGCUUCUUUUUUCCCCAUUAUGGUUGGUGGGUUGCAUUGUAAAGCAGUAUUAUAGUUAAGUUUAGUAACUUACAUGGGGAUCUAUGUGAUGAUAUUAUACAUAAGACAACCAUCAAUCUUCAUGCAUAUCCCAUUGUUCUGGACUAUGCAGAAAAUGCAAAGAUUCUAUCAAUUAUUUAAUAUUUUGUUAUUUGCUGGGUGGGGAGGGUUACUACUUUGUAGGGUGAUGAUGUGUGUAAUGUGAAGGCAGUUCCUCUUGUAUAUAAGCCCAUUCUGCAUCUUUAUCAUGCUAGUGAUUGAAACAGACUCACCUCAUCGUGUAGAUAAGGAACACACUGUCUGUACUGUUCAAAUCUCAUUGUGCUCAUUGCAAAAAGAAAGAAAGAAAGAAAGCUCUGUGUUCAAUAAAGCACAGGACAAAUUCAAAAUCUGUGGAAGAACCACACCUGAUGAGGCCUUUUCCUGGCAGCUUCAAGCAGUCUCUAAAGUGGUUCAUCACAUCUUUUUAAAAAAAUUAGAACAAAAAAGUAAAAAUGCAGGGAAA